AUGAUUACUCUUUUAAAAUGUAAAUUUGAAAAAUGUAAACACUUGGCUGAUGAGGCUGAGUUCUCAUUUGGAGUGAUUCAGUGGAAGAUUGGAGUCUGUCAUAUCAUUUCUGUUUUUCCUGAGCCAUUUGGGGUCAUCACCUAUGACUUGAUGGAUAUUGAAUACACCUCUAAGUUUGAUGUAACCCAUUGGUUCAUUAUUGCUUUUUGGGUUUUUGUCAAUGAAUUAGAGUCCCAAACACAUCUUUGGAAUGUCUUUGGUGACAACAUAGACAUCAGUGUUACAGUCAAGAUUGUUUCCCUGAGCAGAGUCUGGAGGAACAAAGAUGUUUCAACUUCUGAAAAGCCUGACUUUGUCCACAGGCCAAAUGUUUGUGAAGAACAGCAGCUGACAGUGGUGGGACUCCCUCGUCCAUGUAUCUGGUACUUCAUACACACCAUCAAACUCCAGAAGCCAACUUGUCCUGACCUAAGGUGGUGUGUCAGAUAUUCGAGAAGGACCAGAUACUACACUGAGUACAGCCAGGUCUAUAGCCUGGAGCAUCAGACCAUCUACAAGUGCUGCCCUGGCUGGAGCCAGCUAGUGGAGGAACCUGGCUACCUGCACUCAAUCUUAGCAGUGAGGACUUGCUCCAAUGGCAGGAGAUGCUGGGAUGCAGAAGCCCAGGGGUGCCAGUGUUCAGAGGGAUUCCAGGGACCCUGCUGUCAAUAUGAUAUAAAUGAAUGUACCAUUGACAAUGGCGGCUGUCAGGAUCAGUGCUAUAACACAAUUGGCAGCUACUACUGCAGAUGCCAAGCUGGCCGGAAGCUGGAGGAAGAUGGCAAAAGAUGUGAAGAUAUCGAUGAGUGUGUGGCUGUGAAUGGAGGCUGCCAGCAGCGCUGUAUUAACACUCUGGGCACCUUCCACUGUGAAUGUGAUACAGGACACAGACUCCAUGCUGAUGGACGCACCUGCAUAAAGAUGGACCCCUGCACAGGUGGGAAUGAAUGUGACCACAUCUGUCAGAGCGAUAAUGCUGUGGCCCAGUGUGCCUGUCACCCAGGGUACAAGCUAUCUGAAGACAACAAAGCCUGCUGAGACAUAAAUGAGUCUGCUGAAGGGCUGGCCCUCUGCAGCCACUGCUGUGUGAACACUGAGGGCUCCUUCACCUGCGCCUGCUGCCCUGGCUUUGAGCUGGGAGCUGAUGGAAACCGCUGUUACAGAAUUGAACUGGAAAUUGUCAAUAGCUGUGAGAAGGAUAAUGGCCAGUGCUCCCAUCACUGUGUACAUGAGGUUGGUGGGCCCCGCUGUUCCUGCAACAGUGGACACCAGCUUGACUCCAGUGGGAAAACGUGCAUAGCUUUAGAGGAUGAGCUAGAGGAGGAAGAAGAGCAAUUAGAAGUUGUGAGGUUUCCAGACCUUCCUUUCCGGAACACACCUCAACUUCUUCACUAUGCUGCUGCCUUCCUAUCUCACACACACCAAGAUGAAGAUAGUGAGGAGGAAGCGGAAACAGAGAUUGCAGAAGAACUGGUUUCCCUGCACACAGUUGGUGAGGUGCUGUGGAAUUCAUUGGGAUGCCCAAAGGGAUUCUUUGGAAAGAACUGCAAACGGAAAUGCAACUAUGCCCACAAUGGCUUCUGCCACCAAGCGUUUGGAGCCUGUAUGUGUCAGCCAGGCCGCUACAGGAGGUUUUAUCAUCUGAGCUGUCCCAGGGGGACCUAUGGGCCUGGAUGCUCAGCAGAAUGUCAGUGUGUGGAGGAGAACACCCUGGAAUGCAGCACCAAAAAUGGCAGCUGCUCCUAUAGACCUGGUUACCACGGUAACAGAUGCCAAACAGCCUGACCUGAUGGCCUCUGGGGAUCCGAGUGCCAGUUCCCCUGUAGAUCCUGUGACAAUGGAAGUCACUGCAGCAAAUCAUCUGGAGACUGUGACUGACCUACUGGCUACAGGGGAGAAGCUUGCACCUUGCAUAAAUCCUUAACCGAGAAGGGAGACCAAUAGCGUCAGUUAUGUUGUUAGUUUACAAGUGCCUUCUUUUAUAAUCCAGAUAAUAAAUUUAUUGCUUUAU